AUGAGCGGGAUAGAGAUCGCGGGUCUGGUGCUUGGGUCGAUUCCGCUCCUUAUCCAAGUGCUCAAAACUUAUCGAGAGAGCGCUGAGGUGGUCAAUGACUGGUGGCGGAUUGAGAGAGCUUACAAAAAGACGUGUCAGGACCUCAGCUACCAUGAAAUAUUAUUCGAAGGCAGUGUGAAAGAGUUCCUCCUCCCCUUGGUAGCCAACGACGACGAAUUGCGUGUACUAAUGGAUGAUCCGGCGGGCAAGGCAUGGGAAAACGCCGACCUAGAAGUCAGAUUGCGACAGCGGCUCCCAAAGGGCUACGAGUUAUUCCUAGCAAUCAUCGGGGACAUCAACGAUCUUGUAGAUGCUCUGAAGAAGGAACUCGGCGUCAAAGGGAAAUUUCGGGCAUUGGUGGCUAAGGAUGGCAAAUUGAACAAAAACGAUGUCUCGCGAAGCGACCUUUUGAGUAUGGGCAACAUGGAGUUCCAGGCGAAAAGGAUCAAGUUCACUAUGAGGAAGUCUUCCCGCGAGAAGAUUUUCGCGCAGCUAGAGGUUGCUAAUGAGCGCAUGCGCAAGCUGUUGGAGAGUAGCGAUCGGACUUCAGCCGCGCGUCUGCGAGGAAACACUACCAAAGCGUCAUAUAUGAUUAAUCGGAAGAUCAACGAGUUCUGGCGACAUGCGAAGCGGUUGCAUGAAGCUUUGGCGACAGCUUGGAGAUGUGGUUGCGCCAACCACAUCACGAAUCUUGGGCUCGAACAUCGCACAUCUGACAAGGUCGAAUUUGACGUCCUAUUCCAUUUGAACGAUGAUUAG